AUGGAGUUUCUCCGACUUUCAAUUUGGGGUUGCAUUUUGUUUUCAAUAGAAUACAUAAUGAAGGCAAAAGGGGAGGGAAUUUCACGAAUGUGUCGUUUCAUAUUGUUGAUGUUUCUUGCCGUUGCAUGGCCGGUCAUGCCUGAAGCUCCCCCCAAAAACAUCUUCCUGCUGGCGGGGCAGAGCAACAUGUCGGGCCGUGGCGGUGUGAAGAGAGAUAAGACCGGCUACUUAGCCUGGGACGGGGUCGUCCCUCCAGAAUGUGAGCCCGAUCCCUCGAUCAGCCGGCUCGACGCAAACCUUACUUGGGAGCUGGCCAAGGAGCCACUCCAUGAAGGCAUCGAUGCCAAGAGAAUCAACGGGGUUGGGCCAGGGAUGCCCUUUGCCCACGAGAUUCUAAAGCUUAAGCCGGAUUAUGGGACCAUUGGUCUGGUACCGUGUGCGCUCGCCGGAAGCUCCAUCGACCGGUGGCAACGUGGGACGGCUCUGUAUGAUCGUCUGAUGCUGAGGGCCAAUGUUUCGGUACAGGGUGGAGGGAAGAUUCAAGCGCUUCUGUGGCAACAAGGUGGCAGCGAUUCAGAAUCUAUCGGCGAUGCGAUCGCAUACCAACCCAAGUUGUCGAAAUUCUUUAGCGACGUCCGUGAAGAUCUUAAGUCUCCUGACCUCAUAAUCUUGCAGAUAGCAAUUGCACCGGGGAAGAAACGGUUCACAAGUCUCGUGCGAUCCGCUCAAUUCACAGUAGAAGACCCUAACAUUCGAACUGUCGAUACAGAGGGAAUGCCGGUGGAGUGGGACCAUGUGCACCUCACAACUCAGGGCCAAAUUCAGCUCGGCAAGAUUCUCGCGUCGAGAUUUCUCGAUCCACCAAGCAACCAAACCUUCAAUCUGCAAGGGGUAACUUUCUUUUCCCCAAAUUUCUCACCGGCCAACUCUUUUAUCCUGACAUGA